GGAAUAAUAAACUAUUGUAGUAAAUUGUGAAACAGUGAUCAAAUAUCUCGCUUGAACAUUAAUUAAUAAAAAGUGCAGCUAUGGAGUGUGCAGGGGCUGUUAGUGUUAACGGCGGCCAACACGUGAUUGUACCAUUACGGACGGGCGGUAAAAAGAUGCGAAAAAGGCGUGAUUUAGACGCAAUGUUGGUGUCGGCUCGCGGAUGUGCUGCUAGGAGAGAGAGGCCUCUUCUCGUACCAUCUACAGACGAGCAGGAGGAAAUGGACACACACGAUGCAUCAGUAUCUAAAUCAUCUAGGUCUAAACGUAGUUGGUGGCUUUGUGGAGUCAAAGCGAACGGAGCGGCUUGCCGAGCUUCGAGAAGGGCUUGUAAAAUUCUUCUGUUGUGCGCCUGUUUGCUGGCGGCAUGCGCAGCCCUCUGGUUGUUUGCAGACGUACGCGUUCAAAUGGCAUCGCUGAGACAACAGGUCGAAUUAGUAUCGGCUGGCAGCAAAGGUGUACCCGAAGCUUUACAACAGUGCCAUGAAACGACGCGGAAUCUUGCAGCAAAUCAAACAAUGCUUGCAGGAAAAACGGACGAUUUGUCUGAAAGACUAACGAAUCUAACUCAACAAUUAUUUGCGGUGCAAUCUGAACUGGACGCUAUUAAAUCAAAAUUGAAAUCGUCUCCUGAACUUGUUAAAGUACCUCAACAAUUAAGUGAUCUAUCAAAUAGUGUAGCUCAAUUCGGAUCUCAAAUAAAAGACUUAGAAGCUACUGUAGGCAGCCUUAAAGACCAGGGAAAUCGAAUGCAAACUACAUCAGAUUUGUUAAAAUCGAAUAUAACGACUUUGCAGGCACAAAUGACUAACCAGAGCAAAGCUAACACGGCAGCUUUGCAGUUACCGGAUCAGCGCGAGCAAGCUGCUGCUAGGGAGCAACUAAUGCGUGAUAUAGAAUUAACUAAACAACAACUUAUAUUAGCGAAUACAACUUUAUCUAAGCAAUUACAAUGGACAACUGAUGAACAAAAAUCUAAUAAAGCAAAAAUUGAAAAUUUGCUUGAGAACAAAGUCAAAGUAGACACCGAGAUAGCAACCCUGCAAGAAAGUCAAACAACUUUUGUUAAGAAAAUGGAAAAUCUCGAAAAGUCUGUUGGUAAUCUUUCUCAGAAGUUAAAUGAAACGAAAGCUCCACCCACAAAUGGCCACACAAGCAAAGGAAAUGCAAUCACAGAUUAA